UUGUCGUGUUUACAUGUGCUGGAGUGCACACUUCUGAAAUUUUGUCAGGCUUUACGUAAAAGCAGUACUUUAUUUGUCUACAGACAGUAUGUCGGUAGACAGCGAGCUUGCCGCGGCAGAGGUUGUUCUGGGUUUCUUGGAGGAGGCGGAGCCGUGGCGGCUUCAGUCUCCGCAGUUCCCCAGUAAAGUCGGCGGGAAGCCGGCGUGGCUCAGCCAGGGAGGCCUGCCAUCCACGGCCGCGCUGCAGUGCGACCUGUGCCGUCUGCCUCUGGCCUUCUUGCUGCAGGUGUAUGCACCAAUUUGUGGUCAGGAUAGAAGUUUCCACAGAACACUUUUUCUGUUCUGCUGCAAAAAUCCCGAAUGCUACAAGCACAAUGACAGCCAAUGCAUGAAAGUGUUCAGAAGCCAGCUGCCGAGACAGAAUGAGUUCUACCCAUAUGACCCUCCAUCAGAGGAUGAACCCCCAGUUAACAUGGAACUGGACCAGGGCGUGUUGCCCAUUUCUGGAGUAAAACUUUGCUGGGUGUGUGGUUGCCCUGGUAACAAGGCCUGCUCUCGAUGUCACGCAGUAACUUACUGUGGAAAACACCACCAGACCCUCCACUGGAAACACGCACACAAGAAAGAAUGCUGCAGUAAAGAGGCAUCCUUUAACAAUUUAUUCCCCUUCCUGUUUCCUGAAACCGAACUGGUCACUGAGCCUGAGGAGGAGCAAACCGAUAAAAAGAAGUGUGAGCAAGAGGAUGACAGCAGUGUUCAGAGGAGUCUGGAUUGUACUGCUUUGGCAGAUGCACUGAGUGAGACUGAACUGGAGGAGAUGGCUACACACGAAACUGAAGACAAUGAAAUAUUCCAACAGUUCAAAAAGAGGAUUGAUCCAGAACCACACCAGGUGGUGCGUUACAGUCGAGGUGGCACUCCUUUGUGGGUCUCUUCUCAGCACAUUCCUUCACAUCAGGAUAUCCCACCAUGUACCUGUGGAGCCAAGAGAACAUUUGAGUUUCAGGUGAUGCCUCAACUAUUAAACAGUCUGUGUGUCGACUCCACCGGUGCUAGUAUUGACUGGGGGACGCUGGCUGUCUAUACAUGUGCCGUUAGCUGUAACCAUGAAUACCAUUACUGUCAGGAGUUCAUUUGGAAGCAAGACUUUGGCUCAGAUCAUCACAUCCAGAUAAAAUAAUAUCUGCCUGGUGUGUGAUCACAGGCAGUGACACGUUGAGUGCAUUGUUCGUGAGCUGAAACAAGUUCAU